CUCCUCACAGCAACUAGCUGCAGACAGACUCCAAGCUCCCUCUUCUGAGUGCUGCUGUCCAGCUGGGCUUGCUCAGAAUACCCAGCUGAACAGGCACAGCGAGUGCUUCCCCAGUCAGUCUUUGUGACGUCCAUGUCGGCUCACCCUUUCCGAGACGUCCCCCUGGGCUGGGAGCAGCACCGCAAGCUGCUUCCGGGUGUGGCUGAUAUCCAAGCCAGCCAAGUGGCCAGGUGGACAGUGGAUGAGGUGGCUGAGUUUGUACAGUCUCUUCUGGGCUGUGAAGAACAUGCCAAGUGCUUCAAGAAAGAGCAGAUAGAUGGCAAAGCAUUCCUGCUUCUGACCCAGGCAGACAUCGUUAAAGUGAUGAAGAUCAAGCUGGGCCCAGCACUGAAGAUUUAUAAUUCUAUCCUGAUGUUCAGGAACUCCCAGGAUGUCACUGAAGAUGAUGUUGCCUCAGGCCCAGAAGCCAGGAGAUGAAUGUGCUCCUAAACAUCCCCUGACACUGGGACUUAUGUCUUUGGAAUCAAGGUCGGCAGCCAAUGUACCCAUGGUCAUACCCUUUAAAGUGUCUGGUUUAGGUGUAUGGCAGACUUUGGCAAAUGGUGAAAUGCCAAUGACUCAGACACUUAGGUCCAAGUGUUGGUUUGGGUGCCAUCCUUACCGCAAGAAACAACUGAAGAAGCCGUCCACAUGUCUGUCCUCUUCUCUCUCUCUCUCUCUCUCUCUCUCUCUCUCUC